CAUUCAAGCUUUGUACUGCAACACCGUGACACUGCACCUUCGACCCAUCGCCCAUGAGGCCGACAUUCCACCGUGCUCCUUUGCACGCUCGAGGCCGUGCCUUUUUGAUAAAAGAGGUCGCGCCAUUGAAGCAGAGACAGCGGAUGACGGGUCCUCUGAUUUCAGCAAGAGCACUCAUUUUGGAUGCUUGCCUCACGUCGCCACUCGCCUCAUAAAGCUAUUCUAAACUUCCCAGGAAGGCAGAAAGCGACGUCUCGUGCGGCAUCUCGUUGCCUUUAGAUGAUUUUUCAAGCACGGUGGGUGCCUGAAUAAUAAACAUCCUGCAGUUGGGUGCACUUUCUGGUGCUUAUCCAAUCCAAGCAUCUCGUUCCGAGAAUUCGCGACGCUGGAGGUCCAAAUCCUUGCCCAUCCAUGGCGACCCCGACAGUCGUGCUGGUGCCCGUGUGGGGCGCCGGACACCUCAUGUCCCUGCUCGACUCCGGCAAACGGCUGCUCGCCCGCGCCGGCCGCGCGCUCUCGCUCACCGUGCUCGUCAUGAGCGCGCCCACGGAGCACCUCGCGGCCGAGGUCGCGGCCCACAUCCGCCGGGAGGAGGCCUCCGGCCUCGACGUCCGCUUCGUCCACCUCCCCGCCGUGGAGCCCCCGACGGACUGGGUCGGCAUCGAGGAGUUCGUCUCCCGGAUCGUGCAGGUGAACGCGCCCCACGUCCGGGCGGUGAUUUCCAGCUUGCCGUCCCCGGUGGCCGGGGUCGUCCUGGACUUCUUCUGCACCACGCUGCUCGACGUGUCCCGUGACCUCGCCGUGCCGACCUACGUCUACUUCACCUCCAACGCCGCGAUGCUGGCGUUCAUGCUGCGCCUGCCGGCGCUCCACGAGGAGGUGCCGGUCGAGUUCGAGGAGAUGGAGGGCGCGGUGGACGUGCCCGGGCUGCCGCCGCUGCCGCCGUCUUCUGUUCCGACACCGGUGACCGACAAGAAGAACCCGAACUACACGUGGUUCGUGUACCAUGGCAGGCGCUUCGCGGAGACCGACGGCAUCAUCGUCAACACGGCCGCCGAGCUCGAGCAGAGCGCGCUUGCCGCCAUCGCCAACGGGCGGUGCACGCGCGGCGCCCGUGCCCCGAAGGUCUAUCCGAUUGGCCCGGUGAUCUCGUUCGCGCCGCCCCCCGAGCAGCCGCACGAGUGCGUGCGGUGGCUCGACGCGCAGUCCCCAGCCUCCGUGGUGCUCCUCUGCUUCGGGAGCGGAGGCUUCUUCGCCGCGCCGCAGGCGCGCGAGAUUGCCCACGGCUUGGAACGCAGCGGCCACCGCUUCCUCUGGGUGCUGCGCGGCCCUCCGGCGCCCGGCGGCGGGCGGCACCCGACGGACGCGAACCUCGCCGAGCUGCUCCCUGACGGAUUCCUGGACAGGACCAAGGAUAGAGGCCUGGUGUGGCCGACGUGGGCGCCGCAGAAGGAGAUACUCGCCCACGCCGCCGUGGGGGGUUUCGUGACGCACGGCGGCUGGAACUCGUCCCUCGAGAGCCUGUGGCACGGCGUGCCGAUGGCGCCGUGGCCGCUGUACGCCGAGCAGCACACGAACGCAUUCACGCUCGUGGCCGUCAUGGGCGUCGCCGUGGCGAUGAAGGUGGAAAGGAAGCGGGACAACUUCGUGGAGGCGGUGGAGCUGGAGCGAGCGGUGAAGGAGCUGAUGGGCGGCGGCGAGGAGGGGAGGAAGGCGAGGGAGAAGGCCAAGGAGAUGAAGGCCGCGUGCAGGAACGCCGUGGAGGAGGGUGGCUCAUCCUACGCGGCGCUGCAGAGUCUAUCCGAGGCUCUCUACAAAGGCGCAGUGGUUGUCGGCACGAAUUAAGUGAGGCAGCUUCAUCAAUGUCGUGUUCUCCUAUGCUUGCACAAUGGCACAUUGGGUGAUUUGUUUGGAGGCAUCACAUGUUUUUGUAUUUGCCAAUAAAAAUUACUGCCUCUCAUACUAAACGAUUUGUUUGGAGGCAUCAUAUAUUUUUAUUUGCGAAUAAAAAAUACCGCCUGUCAUACUAAA